AUGAAGACAACGACGAGGGGCAAGGGUCAAGGCAAGGCCGCUGCUGUCGACACAGCUUUAUUUGCGUCGUUGGCAGACGUACGGGCGGCGAGACGAUCUGCAGCUGCGGAACGUCGCGCUCAGAAACGUGCAAAUAGGUCCGAAGAAGCUGAGCUGCGUAGAAAACUGGGUCGCAAGCUGACCGCUGCCGAGAAAACGACAAUCGCGUUACAAAGGCACCACCCCGAACUACGUGACGUCUGGGGAGAUCUCGAGACGCGUGUCAAGCCUAUCACCCCGAUCAAGGCAGACCAACCAGAGGAGCUUAAAAUUGAUUUGCUGCCGUUCCAAUUGGAGAGCUUGUACUGGAUGCGGGAGCAAGAGAAAGGGGAAUGGCAUGGUGGAAUGCUGGCGGACGAAAUGGGAAUGGGAAAGACUAUCCAGACUUUGGCUCUCCUUGCGACAGACGGCAAGAAGCCGAAUCUGAUUGUUGCUCCGACGGUCGCUAUCAUGCAAUGGAGGAAUGAAAUCGAGGCAUACACUGAUGGAAUGAAAAUUGCUAUAUGGCAUGGUGCUUCACGCGAAGCAAACGUAAAGGAAUUGCAGAAAUACGACGUCGUACUCACAACAUAUGCCGUACUGGAAAGCGCUUUUCGGAAGCAACAAAGUGGCUUCAAACGAGGUGGAAAGAUAAUAAAAGAAAAAUCGCCUGUGCACCAGAUUAUGUGGAACAGGAUCGUGCUUGACGAGGCACACAAUAUUAAGGAACGCUCAACAAACACUGCGAAGGCCGCCUUCGAGCUACAGAGCAACUACAAGUGGUGUUUGUCGGGAACUCCGCUGCAAAAUCGUGUUGGAGAGCUUUACAGUCUCGUUAGAUUCCUCGGUGGAGAUCCAUUCUCCUAUUACUUCUGCAAAAAAUGCGAAUGCAAAUCUCUUCACUGGCGGUUCACUGAUAAAAGGUCUUGUGAUGAAUGCGGCCACAACCCUAUGCAACACACUUGCUUUUGGAAUAACGAGAUUCUUACACCUAUUCAAAAACAUGGCAUGGCUUUUACUGGUCGUGCGGCUUUCAAGAAGUUGCGAAUCUUGCUUGAUAGAAUGAUGUUGCGUCGAACUAAGCUUGAACGGGCGGAUGAUCUUGGCCUACCACCUCGCACCGUCAUCGUUCGUCGUGACUAUUUCAGUGAAGAAGAGAAAGAGCUAUAUCAGUCGCUCUUUACCGAUGCUAAGCGGGCGUUCAGCACCUAUGUUGAUCAGGGCACACUCUUGAACAAUUAUUCGAAUAUCUUCAGCUUAAUUACGAGAAUGAGACAAAUGGCUUGUCAUCCCGAUUUGGUGUUGAAGAGUAAGCAGAACGCAAAGAAAUUCUCGUUGGACGACAUGGGAGAGGCCACUGUUUGCCGGCUUUGCAAUGAUAUUGCGGAAGAUGCAAUCCAGUCGAAGUGCAGACAUAUAUUUGAUCGCGAGUGCAUUAAGCAGUAUAUCAAUACUUCUGUGGAGAGAAUGCCCGCGUGUCCGGUUUGCCACAUCCCGAUAACGAUCGACCUGGACGCUCCAGCUCUUGAAAUUAACGAGGGCAUCUCUACUACCGCGCGGCAGGGUAUACUCGGUCGACUCGAUAUCGACAAAUGGCGCUCCUCGUCGAAGAUUGAGGCGCUCGUUGAAGAACUCACGAACCUCAGGCAGAAGGAUGCGACAACUAAGUCGAUUGUCUUCUCGCAGUUCGUGAAUUUCUUGGAUUUGAUUGCAUUUAGACUCCAGAGAGCCGGAUUCACAAUUUGUCGCCUUGAGGGAACGAUGUCGCCUCAAGCUAGAGACGCAACUAUCAAGCAUUUCAUGAACAACGUCCACGUCACUGUCUUCCUCGUUAGUCUCAAAGCGGGGGGCGUCGCUCUCAACUUGACUGAAGCUUCGCGUGUGUACCUGAUGGACAGCUGGUGGAACCCAGCAGUUGAAUUCCAGGCGAUGGACCGUAUCCACCGUUUGGGCCAACACCGACCCGUCGAAGCUAUCAAGCUCGUCAUCGAGGAUAGUAUCGAAUCACGUAUCGUCCAGCUGCAAGAGAAGAAAUCCGCUAUGAUCAAUGCAACGCUGUCGACGGAUGAUAGUGCGAUGGGGAGGUUGACUCCCGAGGAUGUAAGUAUUUUCCAGAGUAACUCCGGAUGUAACGGAUAUUAA